UUUGUUAUGUUAUCUAUGUUCUAUUGUGAAAAAAAAUAUUGGCUCAUGUGAUUUGAAAGUCUUUAAGUUUUCAUUUUAUUCAAAUUUAAAAACCCUAUCCAACAUUUCUAGAAUUCAGGUUGUACUAACUAACAAUUCAAUAAAUGUCAUCAUUGUACAGUCUACACACAUGUCGUAUCCAAGUUUAUUAGAUCUGUGUCACACAGUGUGAUUUGUAAUGAUCUUAUAAGAUUGCUAAAAUCGCACAGUCUGUAGAAAGCAUAAAGAGAUUCUUCUUGAAACGGUUUCAUCUGAAGUUUGACAAUUAUGUGCAAUUAGACAAGUCUCCAGUAGCUUCUUAAACAUAAAGUGGAAGGAAGACCAGUAAAUCUUGAUCAUCAUUCUUGAGAAAAUUGCUUUUUACUUUCAAGAAGCUUUUAAGUGCCUGAUUCUGAGGACUGACCUAUUGUGACAAAGUAUCUGAGUCACAGAGGUCAUCCUUGUUUAACUAGUUUCCACACUUCUUAUGUGUUCUGUAAUUGAAAUGUUGUACUUCUAAUGCUGGUUGCACAUAAAUUAGAACAGGACAAGAAGAAUAGCUAAUAAAAGUUUUAUGUGGCAAGUUAGAAAAAAAAAGGUGUAACUGAUGGUAAUCACAGUGUUUUGAGACAAAAAGUUGAACCUCUGCAGAGAGCAAGAAUUCAUUUUAAAUAUGCAGAAGACAAUAAAAAUGUGACCUAAACUGCACUGAUAUGGUAAGCCUUUUUUUUUGUAGCCGAACAUAUAUAUGUAUAUAAUGAUUAUAUUGCUUGUUCUCACAUUUUUUUUUCAACACAUAUUGCUAUUUAUGGGAUAUUCAUUGGUUUUCUCUUUGUUCAGCAACUCAUAAAUGUUAGAUUUGACCUUCUAGCCGGAGCACUUGCAUCUCCACAUACUCUUUCCUCUCAAGACAAAAGUCAUGCAUGGAAAAGAAUGAUGAGCAGGCACAGUCCCUGUAUUCCCAUGUGCGUGUGUUGUGUUGGGUCAUGACGAGGCCUGAAAAUCUGCAGAAAAAGCUCCAGCACAUUCGUGCCACCUGGGCUAAACACUGUAACCAGGUGCUGUACAUGAGCUCGCAGAGCUCCGACUUCCCCACCGUGGGGCUCAACGUCAGCGAGGGCCGAUCUCAGCUGUACUGGAAGACCAUCCGUGCCUUUCAGUACCUCCAUGCGCACCACCUCCAGCACGCCGACUGGUUCCUCAAAGCAGAUGAUGACACAUUUGUGGUGGUUGAAAACCUGAGAUACCUACUUUCCCAUCAUGACACUGAAGAGCCUGUUUAUUUCGGCCACAAGUUCCAGCCGUUCGUACGUCAGGGUUACAUGAGCGGAGGAGCCGGAUACGUUCUGAGCCGAGAGGCUCUCAGGAGAUUUGUGCAAGGUUUCAGCACGGGACGCUGCAAGCAUUUCAGCUCCGUGGAGGACAUGGCCUUGGGAAAGUGCAUGGAGACCAUGGGAGUGAAAGCCAGGGAUUCAAGAGAUCCAAACAAACGAGAAACAUUUAAUCCUUUUAGACCGGAAAACCACCUCAUUCCCCCAAAGAAUGGAAAACAGACCUGGGGCUACAGUUACUACAAAACCAGACGGGGCCCGGACUGCUGUGCGGAUUUUGCGAUAUCGUUUCAUUAUGUGAAACCUGCAGACAUGUACAUGUUGGAGUAUUUUGCACAUCACCUGUGACCAUUUGGAUACAAGUACAGAUUCAACACUAUUCAACAAAACAGCACCAGUGAACUUGAACCACAUUACAAAUACAAUAGAUGAAGAAAAAAAAAAAGAAAAAAAGAUGUUUAAUGUAACCAAAAACCAGUAUUAAUGAGAACAUUUGAUGGAAGAAGACUUACUGAUUGUUUUUCUGUAUGAAUAUUUGUUCAUUGCCCAUGAAGUUUUUUGAGUUUUUUGUUGGUUUGCUCAAAAUAAUGUCUGAAUGUCACUGCAUUAGAUGACAACAUAUAUCAAACUACUUUUAAUUUUACUUCUAUAUUUCUUUAAAAUGAAAGACACUGUUUGAUAUUAUGCUAUAAUUCAGUCUCAAUUCGAUUUUUUAGGUGUGCCAAAUACUUUUUUUUGGCCAUUAUAUAUGCAAAUAUACAUGCAUUUAUUCA